UUUGAAAUAGAGGCGCCCACCGAUAUCAUGGACUCGAAGCCUAUUGGACUCACCGAGCUUAAGGCGGGGAAAAUCAUACUUAAUCACACUACUUUGUGCCCCCAAUCGGACCGAAAGUGCGUGCAAUCAUACUUCAACAAUGUGGGGAAGAAAGGAGAAGUUCCCGAGAUGUCUACUGGCACCCGGCUGGUUAUUACUCUUCCCCCAUAUGAGCACCCAAUCACCGUCGUGAUGAAGAAGCUUGAUGAGAUCCGAUCAUCUAUGAUCGACGAGAUUGCUCGAUGGGGAACCCGGAUAGAUGCUCGAUUGGACACCAUGGAUGGCCGUAUUACCAUGCUUGAUACUCGACUCUCGACUUACAUAGACUCUCGAAACGUUGACCACACUCCUCUCUUGACUUCUCAUAUCGAGGAGCCCG